AUGGUCUGGUUCGACGGAGCCCCGGCCGUGGCGCCUGGCAUCGCCAGCUGCCCGGGCCCGGUCCCGCUGGGCUGCGGCCAGGGGGCCGUGGUGGCCGCGGCCCCCAUCCGGCCUGGGCUCUGGGUGACCGUCACCUCGGGGAGCCUGUCCCUCUGGAGCAAUGCCGUUGAUGGAGCCACCGGCGGCGGCGGCUUCACUGGUGGCUGUACGCCCGAUGUGCCGGAGCUCUGGCGGCUCUACCUGCUGGACUGGCGCACCGGCCGGCAGCUCCAGGCCCCGAUGGUCAUCCCACCACACCUGGUGCCAACUGCCGGUGCCGGUGCCGGGGGCGGCGGCGGCGGCGGCGGGCACCUGGCCGCCGGGCUGGCCUUCUGUCCGACAUGGGACCGCCUGGUCCUGGCCCUGGCCGGGCCGCAUUCCGCCUGGCUGCUCUUCGCGGACCUGUCCUCCGGCGAUGAUGACGAUGACGAGGGGGCGUAUGGGAGCUGGCCCGGCCGCCGGGGCUCGUCGGGGCCCGCCGGGGCUGGGUCCUCCUCGCCGGGGCUGCUGGGCUGGCUCCGCCGUGGCCUGCUCGGGCUCGAUGGCGAGGGGGAGGAAAGUGCCUCGGCUGGGCGUGCUGACGGCCCGGCCAGCAGCACGGAGCUCGAGUACCUGGGCACUGCGCACUUGCCCCCGGGGCCGGUCCUGCGGCGGGCCUUUCGGUGUCAACUGCCGCGCUCGGCCGAGGGCCGGCCCACGCGCCUGGCACUCGCGCCCUCGGGUCUGCUGAUUGUCGGCCUGUCGUGCGGCGAUGCAUUGGCCUAUCGGUGGAGCUUUUCCGGGGAGCUGGGCUGUCCGGGGACCGGGCUUGCCGAGGGGUGCUGCUCGGAGGUGGGCUGCCUGGAACCGCUGCCCAUCGCCGAGGCGGCCUCGCCCGAUUCCUCGGCCCCCGGCGCGUCACCAUUCUACCCCCUGUCCCCGGGCGAGGCCGAGGGCCUGGGCGCGGGCGCGGCCCCGGGCCCGGUCGGCCGGGCGGCCAAUUCUUUCGGCUUCGCCAGCGGCCCGGAGCCGGGGCCCGGCGCCGGGGUCGAGUCGCAGCCCCGGCCGCCGGCGACCCGGGCACCACCCCCGGCCGCGGGCGCCACCGCGCAGCCUCCCGACACGGCGGACACAUCGCCGCCGGGGUCGGCCGUGGCCGAGUCGCCCGGGGUCGACGCGCGGCCUCGAUGCCGAGGCCGGCCGCUGGACUCGGUCGGCCGGCUGAGCUGGCGCGACACGGCCACCGUCCUGGGGGCCGAGACCCUGCCCGGGCUGCUUGUGGCCGGGUUCCGCCGAGAUCCUGGCGGGCCGAAUGGCGUCACUCUGACUGCCCUGUCGGGCAACCCGGGCGCCGAGGACCGCCUGCCCGGAGUCGACAAGCUGGCGGCAUGCAUCACCUCGCUGGCCUUCAGCGCCCCGCCGCCGGCCCAUGUGUCGCUGAUGUCGGCCGCGCGUGCCGACAGCCCGGUGGUGCUGCUGGUCGGGCACCUUGGCGGGGCGGUCAGCAUUUGGUCUGUCUCGAUUGCCGGGCCGGAAGAGCCGCUCCCCCGGCAGCGCGUCAACACGGCCCUGCUGUCGGCCUGCCUGCGCCCGGCGCUGCCGCAGAAGGCCCUCGAUGGCGGCGGUGGCGGGCCUGACGGGCCGCCGGGGCUGCCCGGCGUCUGCCUGUAUUGCCCCCCGACGCCCGGGGUGCUGCCCGGGCAGGACGCCCUCUUUUGGAAUGGCUCGCACUCGCUGCUGGCCCUGACGCCGGUGCGGUACCUGCACCGGGGGCCCGAGGGCCAGGUGCUCGGCGCCGAGGCGGCCCUGCAGCCGGCCGGGGCGGCUGGCCUGUCGCUGGUGGCGGGCGACGGACGCCAGCACAUCCUCCCGGUGGCGUGGACCGUGCCGCAGGCCACCCUGGCCACCAGGUCGGCCGUGGUGUCGCGCCCGGGCGGCGGGUACCUGGUGUUCACCGGCUGGCAGGAGCCGCUGUCCUGCACGUCCGGCCUGGCGGAUGUCGAGCUCACCGGGGGCGGGCUUUUGCCCCACACGGCCGGCGGCGGGGCCGCCAUCCGGGAGUUCCUCUGCCGCGGGGCGGAGCUGGCCCCCUCGACCGUGCCGCCCUCCCCCUGCCAGGUGUGGGAAUGCCCGCCCCUGCCGGCCUCCUUCGACGACUCAUGCGGGCCGAUUCAGCAUGUGGCCCUGUCGCCGGAUGGGCGGGCCCUGUGCUUUACCGGGGUGCGUGGUGGCCUGGUGGUGUACAUCGCCGGGCCGAGUGAGCCGGUGGGCUUCUCUUCCGGGACCUGGCGACGCUUUUCCAGCGACUCGCAGGAGCGCCGCAUCCGGGUCCUGGCGGCGCCGGUGUUCGUCCGGGAUCCCCGGUGCGUGAGCUCGGGCGCCGGGACACCCCUCGCGGGGCCCGGCCCGGGGUCUGCAUCAGACGGCCCGGGCCCGGAGCGCACGCCGUCCACCCGGCCGGAGGACGCACCCCCAACGGGGGCCGGCUCACUGCCGGGCUCAUCGCCCUUCUAUCCGCCGGCCAUUUCCUGGGUCGUAGUUUUGGUGGCCCUGGUGGACGAGCAGCCGAGUUUGCUUGCCCUGCCCACGCGCUCGCAGUUCUCCGGACUGGACCUGGAUAAGCACCGUGGGCUGUUGCCCCUGCCUGCGGAUCUGCUGGAUGACCAGCGCCAGGCCGGACGCGGCGGCACCGAUCGCUUGGAGCCGGCGUGGCCGCUUGACCGCUCGGUCCGGGGCUUUCGUCUAUUUGCCAGCCACCAAGACUCACGUACCGGGCGCCUGACGGCCCUCAUUCGGCGCGACAGCAGCUCCAUCGUUUGCGAGUACAUGCUUGGGCCCAAGGGACUUCGGUCUCUGUCUCGUGCGGUGUCCAUCGGCCCGGAGCUCGGCAACAUUGUCGCUGCCUGGGGCUACCGACUGAACACGCCCGGGUAUCUGCUCCAAACGAUCGAGCCCCCACGCCGGGGGCCGCUUUCGCCAGGCGGGCCGGCUGAUGGGUUUCCCACCCCGACGCGCAGCCUGGCCUCCUCGGUGGCCGGCUCGCCGUCCCUACGAGCCUCCGGUGCCGGGGGCGGGCCCAUGCUCAUCUCGCGCGAUGGGCGCUGCCUCGGGUCCUGCUGCUUUGGCCGCACCGUCGGCUCGGUGUACUUCGUGGACUCGGUAUCGCCGCGUGCCCCAGUGCGCCUGCUUCCCUUCCUUCCGACACGCUUCGGUGUCGUGUCCGACUUCGGGCUGGUGCCCUCGGAGAUGGCCGCCCCGCAUUAUCGGCCAUCCACACUGAGCGGAGCUCUCUGGGCCGUGGAUCCGUCGGAGCAGUGCUGGCUUCUUCUCCACCCGCCGGAGGACGAAGACUGGCCCAUGGCCUCGCCGACAGUCGGAGCGGGGGGCAUUCAGCGCCAUCAGUUUGGCGGCGGCCUGAUUGGUGUUCCCAUUCACCUUCCCCUGUUUAACCAGCCCGUUGUCGUGAGCACAUGGCCGGUGCCCAGCAUUGUCCUGGCCCAGCAGGGUGCCAGUCAGAUGCUGCACCUUGUGCACGACUCGCGCAUCGCCGCGCGGGUAUCCUCGCUCCUCAGUCGGCUUGAGCUUUCAUCCUUCCCCAUUCUCACGGACGUGGUGAAAACCCUGCUCUCGGAUGGCUAUCCGUCACAGGCGGCCCGCUUCCUGCAGGAUUCGGUCGGCCGGGCCAGCCCUGGGCUGGUUUGUGGCCCCGGGCCCGGCUCGGCCACCCACCCGCUGGUGGCCAACACCAUGCUCAAUGCCGAGCUGGCUACCGAGCAAAUCACCCGAACGCUGACGGACCUCCUGCGCGACGCACUGGAGGCGGCCUUCCGGGCCCGAAGCCGCGCCCUCGAACAGCCACAUGAUGCGGAGCUGCGGCGCGCGGCAGCCCAGCGUCUCCGCGGUCCAGGAUCUUUGAGUGAUGUCCUGCAAUUCCUCGCCCUCUUCCCGCAAUCGCACUCGGCCCUGGCCCAGGCCACGCGCCUGUCCGAGCCGGACCGCUGGCCGCUGCUCUAUGCGGUGGACACCGAGGCCACGGGGGUCGAUUCGCUGCUGCUAGACCCGCAGGGAGGAGUGGCCAGCCUGGCCGGUGAGGGGGCCCCAGCUGGUGGGCCCUCCUCCCCGGCCCCGGCCCCGGCUCCGAUCGAGUCGGACUUCGAGGCCCUGUCCCCGGGACCCGGCCGACCGGACGAUCGGCCGGCCAGCGACGCAUCUGCCGGCAACCCUGCCAGCAGGCCGCCCCCCGAAGUCGGCACCAGUGCCAGCAGCCUCUUCGACAGCCUGUCCGACGUGGAUAUGGCCGACGACUCGCUGACGGUCAUCCUGCCGAACGGCUGCGACUGUUGGGAUCGGCUGUGUCCCGGGGGGGAACUCUGCUUCGAGCACGACGCGCAAGAUGCCUCGGAGGUCCUGCGCGCGGCGUUGGCCUCCGGGCGCGUGUCGGCCGCCGCCUCCCUGCUGCUGGUUGUUCGAGACACCUGCGGCUCGGGAGCCGCCAUCAGCGAGGCGUUCAUUUUGCUGGAUGCCAGUCUCGAGGUCGGGGACUUUGCCUGCGCCUCGCAGGUGGUCAAGUUCCUUCGGGACAUGGCGAAAUCGGGCCUGUUUUACUUUGCCCAUUCGAUGAAGACCAGCAGCCUGUCCAUGAGCGAAGCCGAAUUCUUCAUCGGCCUGGCCCUGUCGCGCUUUGCUCGGCGCUGCAUCAAGCGCGGCCACCUCGUUCGGCUGGCCUUCUUCUCCAAGGCCCUGCAAUGGGACCUCAGCGCAUGGCUGGCUCGAUUCCGCAUGGAGCUUCCCCACUCGCCCUCUCGACGGACAUUGCUGUCGGCCUUGCGCCGGACCCUCGGCCUGCCGAGUGUCCUGGACCAGACCCUCUGCCGGUGCGGCUUUGUUGUGGAGCUCCGUCGGCAGGACCCCCUCGGGGCGCCGCGCACCCUCCGGACUCUGGAGGAGGUGGGCACCGGGGUGCCGGAGGCGGCAACGCUCAUCCGCGCCCUGGAGCUGGCCGCCGAAGGGAAGACCGCACAGGCAGCCGCAUGGGCGGCACAUGGCCCGGGGCUGGGGACGCCGGCUGGCACGAGCUCCGCCACCGGGGGCGGUGGACGCCGGGUACCACCGGCGGUGUUCCCCCCGCUGGGGGCCUGGCCGCGCCCGGCGACCUCGAGCCGUGCUGGCAGCGGGGCCCGACAGCCGUCCCCCUGGGCUCCGCGGGUGUCGGCCGCGGCGCUGGUGGACUCGCGCGUGGCCCGGCUUCGGCGCUGUGCGGAGUGUGGUCUGACCGCCGCGCCGGCGCCGCUGGCUCCGUUGGGCAGCUCGGCCGGGUCGGUCCUCGGCCGACUGCAGCAGGCCAUCGGCGGGGCCGCCGGCGGGGCCCACGACCCGGCCAUGGCCGAUGACGAUGCGUCGGUCGAGUACCUCCAGCUGGGGACCGACUCCCUGCCACUCCUGCAGCCGGCCGGCGAGCUGGUCCACUCGGUGGAAGAGCUGAUCCGCCUGACGGUCGAGCCCUUGCGCACGGUUUUCCGCCGGGCCGACCCCCACACCGGCAAGCCGAGCCCCACCAACACCUAUGUCGACCACUGUGUCCGGGCCUUCGGGGCACUUCUCCGGGCCGAGGACUUCCCCCAGGCCGAGCUGGCGGCCGCCGACGAGGAGAUCGACGAGGAUUACGCCCUGACCGACCAGCUCCCCAGCCCGGUGCGCCUGAUGCGACACCUGCUUUGGAGCUGCCUGAGGGCGGUGGAGCUCGGCCGGCAGCAGGCCACCAGCGCGCCGCCGGGGUCGGGCCCGGCCCCAGGCCCCGCCGCAAAUGCUGCGGCUGCCACCCCAAGCUCCGUGGCCGCCAGUGCGCCUGGCGUGGCUACGACAGCGCCGACGCCGACGCCGACGCCGACGACGGCCACCACCGCCACCGCCUCCGCCGGGGUCGCCGCGGGAUCGCCCGCCGCCGGGGUGCUCGGCACCAUGGGCAGCUUCCUCUCGGGGCUGGCUGGCUCCGGGCAGGCGACCCCCCGGCCGGCGGAGGAUACCACACUCCUCGGGGGGUCGGGCAGUGGGCGCCUGGACGAUGCCACCCUCCUGGCCAUGGGGCAGAUCCCGGCGGCUCGGGAGAUUGGCCUCCUGGUGGCCACCCUCCUGGAGGAUGUCCCGGCGGCGGUGCUCUUCCUGGAGGGCACGCCCGCGGCCCUGCACGAGCGGUACCAGCGCAUGUGGGAGGAGCAGGGACACCAUGUGUUCGCGCAGCAGGUGGCCGCUGGCCGGCCGGCUGCUGCGGUGCCCCUGUCCACCGCCGAGGCUCGGCGCCUGCUGGGCCCGGUGUUGGAGAAUACCACGGCCAGCUCGCGAUUGGUGGCCCGGCAUUCGCUUCCCGGGACGCCGCAGGCCCCAGGCCCGGGGACUCCGGCCGUCAUGGCCCCGAGCGGCUUCGGCAUCGGGUCCUCUGAUGGCAUGAACCGCGCCAUCGACCAGGCACUGGCCAAUGACAAGCUUCGUCGCCACCGGCUCCGCCGGCAGAUGAGCCUCGCGCCCGUGGACCCCGCCCUCGAGGGCGGGGCCACCGAUGACGGGGUCGACCGGUCGCUGUCUUCCGGCUCCGGCGGCUGGUGGCUGUGGUGAGCCUGAUAGGAGGUGGGACGCGUGCAGGUGGCGCACGAGAGAAUGGGCUUCGCGCGUGAAUGUACAUUGACAAGAUGUG